AUGGGGGGCGCCAAGGCGGAGGACAAGCCCGCCGCCGCCGCUGCAGACGAUUGGUGCUACCAGUUUGGAAACAAGAAUGCAUUUGACUUGAAGUCCCCGAAAAAAUCACCACUCCCGUUGAGAAUGGUUGUCUUUGCUAUGACUAUGUUAUGCGGGAUAUCUAUUUGCUCAAUGUGUAUGAAGCAACUAGGGAGUGAUGGCUGGUCAAGAAUCGUCAAGAUUGAAGUUGUGGAGCAACCAUGUAAUAAGUCCACAGUUCCUCCUUCUGAGGUUCAAUUUGUGCAUUAUCCUCAACCGAUAACUUACAGCAGGGAGGAGUGCAAGUGCAAUGCUGUCCAAUUCUUUGCAAUUAUAUCAUCACAGCGAUCUGGAAGUGGCUGGUUUGAAACCCUUCUUAACAGCCACAUGAAUGUUAGCUCCAAUGGUGAAAUUUUCUCUAGAAAAGAAAGGAGAAGUAACAUUUCCUCUAUAAUAAAUACCUUGGAUAAAGUGUACAAUUUGGAUUGGAACAGUAGCGCUUCCAAGAAUGAGUGCACUGCAGCUAUUGGCUUCAAGUGGAUGCUAAAUCAGGGUCUUGUGGCAAAUCAUGUGGAUGUAGUGGACUACUUCAAUCAAAGAGGAGUCUCUGCAAUAUUUCUCUUUAGAAGGAAUCUGCUCCGUCAGUUGGUAUCACAACUAGCGAAUAAUCAUGACAGAUCCCUUAAGCAAUUAAAUGGAACACAUAAGGCCCAUGUUCACACAAAGCAUGAGGCUCAUAUACUUGCAAGAUACAAGCCCAGGCUCAACACGACAUCACUAACAUGGCAACUGAAACAAGCUGAUGAAUACACUCGUGAUGCUCUUCAAAACCUAAAUAACACCGCCACAUCACUGUCUAUUACGAGGAUAUCGUUCGCAACAGAACACACUGCAUUGUUGCAGAAGCUUUUUGAUGUCCUGGAUUUCCUCAAAGUGCCGAGGAGGAAUCUGGUGAGCCGGCACGUGAAGAUACACACAAAGCCACUGUCGGAGCAAAUUGAGAACUGGGACGAAGUCUACAGUGCUCUCAACGGUACCCAGUACGAGGGUUUCCUGAAUGCCGCUGACUACGUAGUAUAA